AUGGAAUUGAAAAAGAUUAGCGAUGGCUAUGCUGAAGAAAUUGUAAAUCUGAAAAUACAAAAAUAAGAAAUCUAAGAAAAUUUAAAUUAAAAUAAGAGUAAAAGUAUAAUUAUCAAAAUUAAAUUUAUUAGCAGAUUCAAAAAUACAAAUACUAGAAUAAUAAUUAAAAGAAUUAAAAGAAAAAAUAGAAGAAGGUGAAAGAAGUAAAAUUGAAAAUUUCUAAAAAUUUCUACAAUAUUCAAAUAUAUAUAAAAGUAAUAAUUGCUCAAUUAGUGAUGGUGGAAAAAUUGCAGAAUGUGGUUCUAAUCCUGGUUUUUGCAUUUGCGAACAGAUGAUACCGAAAUUUGGAAUAACUAAGUUUGCAUUUUAAGUGAUUGAAAAGUCAGGUUGGUUAUUUUUUGGUAUCGGAAUAAGAGAAAUAAUAAAAUAAAAAGGAUUUGGAUCUAAUUACAGGUUAAAUUGUGGGUAAAAAUUAUGAUUAAUUUAGUGUAUACUUAAUAGCUCAUGAUGGAAAUGUUUUUUCAGAUCAUGAUUCUUAAAUUGGUGGUCAGAGGCGUUCCUUUUAAUUUGGAUAGAAUGAUAGUAUUAUUGUUGAAGUUAAUAUGGAUUUGAAAAAGAUUAAGUGGAUCAAAUUAUAAUCCAAUGAAUCAUGUGUAAACUUUGAUUUUGAUAUUAGAUGAUUGAUGUUGAUACAUCUAAAGAAUUAUAUCCAUGUGCUCUCCUUUAUCCGAUAUCCAAAAUCAGGAUAUUGAAUGAAAUUCCAAAAUGA